CCGCAGCGGCCAGUUCACGUCAGCCUUCCCUAGCGCAGUGUCUCGUGUGUCGUCGAGUGGCCAAAGUGUCGCGUGUAUGAGAAUUUGAGCGCUGCCCCGUUCCGCGUAGCCCGUGUAGCUCCCCGCGGUGUCGUAUGAGAAAUCGUGCAGGCGGUGCGACUCGGUGACGGGUCUCUCCUGUUCGCCUCCCUCCGGCCCGCGCCGUGCUGGCCGUGCUGGCCCUGCUGUUGCAGUCCGCGAGUGACAGUGCGCCCGGCGAGACCGUCAGCGUUUCAAGACCGGUCGGAUUUUCGGUUCCAAUAGAACGAGCAAACAAGGAUGACGGAGUGCGACCGCGUGAUCCCCCUGGACGUGGUGUCGCUGCACGACUCGCCGUCCGACUGCUGGGUCGUGGUGUUCGACCGCGUCUACGACAUCACCCCCAUGCUCCACGAGCACCCCGGAGGCAUGGAGAUCCUGCUGGAGAACGCCGGGCGCGACGCCAGCCUGGCGUUCCAGGGCGUGGGCCACUCCAGGGCGGCGCUGGCCGCGCUCAGGGCCUUCCAGGUCGGCGUGCUGCCCGACGCCGAGCGCAUCUUCAGCAGCGCGCGUCCGGGACACCUGCAGAUCGCGCGGCAGGCGUCCUCGGCCACGCUGCUGUACACUCCGUGAAGGCCGUCGCCCUCGUCUCCAUGAGCGCCAACUUCGUCCCGUCCCCGAAUAGACGCCCCGGCAAAGCCCAACCUGUGGAUAGGGGGACUUCCCUCCAGCGGCCAGCUCUUUGUCGCUCUGUCUCUCUCGCACUCUAACGGUGAGAGCCACGAGAGCGACAGAGACAGAGCGGUGAAAUGACUCCCAGGGGGCACCACGCCUCUGCGAGUUGUCGAUCGGGGAAACGCCGGGUGCCUCUAGAGGUGCCGCGCCUGUAUUACUAAUGUUACUCCAUCGGCCCAGUUUUGAUCAGAAUGAACGAGCUUUGUCUUUCAUUCUAUUAGAAGGUUGUCCAAAGAGUCCAGAUUAAGGGUGUAUCAGUAUCAAAAUGGUGGCGCUACCCUGUGUGCAGCUUUGGGGUAUUAGCUUGUCAUUUGAAGGAUAACCUCACGCCGUUCAGUAUUACUGCAUUCCACCAUCGGAAAUUCCCCUUUCCUUUUUUAAAAGUUGUUGUAUUUUUCACUUUCAUCCAUUUUCUUAGCCGGAAUUGGGAAGACCAGUCAUUCCAAGUCCCUGUAGAAUAAAUAUAUUUGUUGCACUUUUGUUAACCAUGGACUUGACAUUUUGUUAAAAAAUGUAAAAGUUUAAAGAUUUAUAUUGUGCAUGCAAAUUAACAACACUGUAUCCACAGUUAUAAAAAUGUCAGUAUUUUCAAUAGAAUAUGACAGUGUGAUAUGGUGCUCAUUUAAGCAUUCUGCAUCUUUUAUUCUGCAUAUUUUUGCUUGAUCCCAUGUGAUUUUAUUUAUUGUGUUUGUUAAUUAACUUAUUGUCGCCCCCAAGUCGAAAACUCUUAACAUUAUUUCUCUAUGGAGAAUAUGGUUCCACUUCAUCAUGGGCUUCAACCCAGUGCUUGUGUGUAAGGGCAAAUAAAAACAAAAAAAAGUUACAA